GGCUGGCACCGCGCGGGUGUCAUGGCGGCUCUGUACUGCCGGUUCCCGCACAUGGGUUGAGGUGGACGCCGGCAGCUCCUGUCACCGCCGGGGCUGAGGGCUCAGCGAGGCGGACAGCAGUGGGGAGCAGAGCAGGGGGAACCAUGCUGGCCCUGGAGCGUUCCCUGCUGAGGGGCUUCCUCAGCGCGGCGGAGUCCCUGGAGUGGAAGCAGGGUGAAGUCGCAACAGCAGAAAGUGGAUCAUUAUUACAGUUGAUUUUUGAUGGGAAAUAUGAGGCAGUAUUUUCAAAUUCAGCCAUCCAGAAUGUUUUCACUGCAUCUUCUCUGGCAGAGGAAGAUAUUGGCAGUUACUUGGAGAAACAGAUUCUAGCAUACCUGGACUGCUCUGCUGAGGCUGAUAACAUGGAAAGGCAGAGGCUGAUAUUCCUGCUUGGCGUAGGCAGUUUGCAGCUCUUUGUUCAAAGCAAUUGGACUGGGCCUCCUGUUCAGUUAAAGCUUGAGGACUUUUUGCCCCCUGCAUUGUUACAGAAAUUCUGUGAGCCAAAAAUGCUACAUGCAGCUGUUCUGAAGGUGCUGGUUCUAGAUGGUGAAUCAAUCUAUACCUUGACUUCUCAUCCUAUUUUGUUGCUAAUAGCCAGGAUAAUCCUUGUGAAUUCUAGAAACAAACUUGCAUCUCUUCAGUCUUUAUCUUGGUGGACUCUAAGAUGUGUGAAUAUUCACCAACAGUUGUUAGAGGAGAGGUCACCUGAGCUAUUUACUCUUGCCCAGACCUGUAUAAAACAAGUGACAGAAGCAGAAACUUUGUUUACAGAUGGUGAAAGCUGGCACCUAGCUGUUCAGUUUCAUCUUGAGUGUGCCUAUAUGUUUUUGUAUUACUAUGAGUAUAAAAAAGCUAAGCAAUGUUUCAAUACAGCUAAAGACAUAAUCAAACUUCAGAUUAAUCUGACAGGUGCUUUGGGGAAGAGAACGCGAUUUCAGGAAAAAUAUGUUGCACAGCUUAUUUUGGAUGUCCAAAGAACAGACGAAUUCCUCCUUCCUCACAGUGAACUAAGUCCGGCUCCAACGCCUCUUGAAAACCUAACAAUGAAUUAUGAUUUAAAUGAUGAUACGGUGCUUAAUGAGAUAAAAUUAGCAGAUGCUGACCAGUACCAGGUCCCUGAUUUGUGUGCAGAAGAGCUUGCUGUAAUCCUUGGGCUAUGUAUAGACUUCCAGAAGAACAAUCCAAUACACAAAUUAACUGAAGAGGAACUUCUGGCCUUUACUUCAUGCUUGCUCUCUCAGCCAAAGUUCUGGGCCAUUCAGACAUCAGCCUUACUCCUUCGGACCAAGCUUGAGAAAGGAAGUACCCGCAGGAUGGAACGGGCAAUGAAGCAGACUCAGGCACUUGCAGACCAAUUUGAAGAUGCAAAUACAUCAGUAUCUGAACGCAUGAAGAUUUUCUACUGUUGUCAGGUGCCCCCACGCUGGGCCAUUCAGCGUCAGCUUGCAAGCUUACUCUUUGAGCUGGGAUGCACCAACUCUGCCUUACAGAUAUUUGAGGAGCUGGAAAUGUGGGAAGAUGUAGUAAUCUGCUAUGAAAGAGCAGGACAGCAUGGAAAGGCAGAAGAAAUACUUAGGCGGGAGCUAGAGAAAAAGGAAACACCAGGAUUAUAUUGUUUGCUUGGUGAUGUUCUUAAAGACCACCAGUAUUAUGACAAGGCCUGGAAGCUCUCCAGGCACCGCAGCGCCCGUGCCCAGCGUUCCAAAGGCCUCCUCCAUCUCCGCAACCGGGAAUUCAGGGAAUGUGUAGAGUGCUUUGAACGUUCAGUGCAGAUCAACCCUAUGCAGUUAGGUGUAUGGUUUUCCUUGGGCUGUGCAUACCUUGCUUUAGAAGGCUACGAAGGUGCUGCCAAAGCAUUUCAGCGCUGUGUGACACUGGAACCAGAUAAUGCUGAGGCCUGGAACAAUUUAUCAACUGCUUACAUCAGAUUAAAACAGAAAAUCAAAGCAUUUCGGACCCUCCAAGAAGCCCUUAAGUGCAACUAUGAGCACUGGCAAAUAUGGGAGAACUAUCUUCUCACAAGUACAGAUGUUGGAGAAUUUUCAGAAGCAAUUAAAGCUUAUCACCGGCUCAUGGACUUAAGAGAAAAAUACAAGGACACACAGGUGCUGACUGUUCUGGUCAGAGCAGUAGUGGAUGGUAUGGCAGACCGUGCUGGAGAGGCAGCAAGUGGAUUGAAGGGGAAAUUGCAGGAGCUCUUUGGCAGAGUGACUUCACGAGUGACAAAUGACAGGGAGAUCUGGAGACUUUAUGCCCGACUUUAUGGAAAUGGAGAGAAUGACAGCAGUGAAGAUAUUGAAAAGUCACUGCAGUGUCUCACUAAGGCACAUAAAUGUGAAAUUCAAUCAAGUGAUUGGGAGAAAAAUGUUUCUUCUUUUAAGGAAGUGGUGAAAGGAGCUAUAGAGAUUGCACAUGUAUCUAUAAAAUGUAGCAAAACCAAACUUAAUCGUCAGGAAGCUCUGCAGAUACUUUCUUCAGCUCGGCUCAAUUUACGUGGCUUGUCAUCCAAAGCAAAGCAACUUUUUGUAGAUGUAACAAAUAAUGAGGUUCACAGCGAGAUAGCUGAUGAGGUGACAGCCAUGGACAACAUGAUUGCCAAACUCCAAGAAAUGAGCAACCAGCUGAGAGACCAGUGCUGACACUCGGACUGGAUUUCCUGACAGAAACGACAGUAACGUCAUGCUGCUUCUGCCACAGCUUUUGUUGAUGAAAUGGGAACAAUUCUAAUGCAACAACCCUCUCAAUAAACAUGUGUUGUAUAC